AUGCAACGUCGUGUAAUAUUCGUUUAUUUAGAUGAUAUCUUAGUAGCAACAAAGACUACCCAGGAACACCUGGACGUAUUAAAAAAAGUAUUUCAGCGCAUUAUUCAACACAAACUAAAAAUUAAUGAAAAGAAAUCCAAUUUCGCCAAAGAUAAACUCCCGUUUUUAAAAUUUGAUAUAUCAGCUGAAGGAAUUCAGAUAGAUAAAAUAAAACAGGCAAAAAUUUUAAAAUUCGAAAUACCUACUUAUCAUACUACACUACAAUCAUACCUGGAAUACAUUAACUAUUUUAAAAAUUUCAUUCAUAAUUGUUCUGUUUUAUUAUCACAAAUGUAUAACGUUUUAACAAAAAAAUAUUUAUUUGCAUUUACACCAGAAUAUGCAGAAGGUGCUGUUUCAGGUACAAACCCAUUUGGUAUAUUUAAAGAUGCAAGCUACAAACGUAUAGAAGCAUGUCUAAUGCAACUAAAAGAUGGCCACUUACGUCCCAUCAUGUUUUACAGUAAAUCUUUACAAGGUGCUGAAAAAAAUUAUCACAUAACCGAUUUAGAAGCUUUAAGCUUAGUUAGCGCAUUAAACGUUUUAAAAACAUUAUAUACCAUAAAAAAAUUAAAGUAUAUACAGAUCACGCACCAUUAG